GAACAGUUGAUUUUCCUACUGCCUAAGUAAUUCAAUCUCAAUGGCAUUUGGGGAAGAAAAUAGCUUGGAGAAGAGUACUGCAGUAGGGUCGAGUGUUGUAAAGAAGUUUGGCAUGAGUUCUUCUUCUUCAUUUUCAGCACCGUGUAGCUUGGAUUCUAAUCCUUUCCAAGUUUUGAACUAUCAGCCUGAGGAAGCUCAGUCUAUGAUAAAUUUCAAAGGGGGGUAUGACGGUAUGCAGGGGAAUGAAUCUUUGCUUAGUUUUGAACAUACUUUUCAAGGAAGUGGCAAUUACUCGAUGUGGGAGGGUAAUCCGCGCCUUGUGGAGGAUUUCAACUGCUUUGAAACAUCUAGCAGUUUCACUGCUGCCAAGGGAAGCCAUAGUGAUUGGUUAUACACUGAAGGAACAACAGUAUCUGAUAAUAUCCAAGAGUCAGCACUGCCAGAGACAAUUGGUGUUAAGCGUCCCCAUUUGGGAGAGAGUAUGCAAGGUUUGAAGAAGCAAUGCAGCAGUAGUAGUGGUGCGGCUAUUAAUAAGAAACAGAAACCAAAGUCAGGUCCAUCCAAGGAUCCCCAAAGUAUUGCAGCUAAGAAUCGAAGAGAGAGGAUCAACGAGCGGCUUAAGAUACUGCAGGAACUGGUGCCAAAUGGUUCCAAGGUUGAUCUGGUUACCAUGCUAGAGAAAGCCAUUAGCUAUGUCAAAUUUCUUCAGUUGCAAGUGAAGGUAUUGGCAACUGAUGAAUUCUGGCCUGUUCAAGGAGGGAAAGCACCUGACAUUUCCCAAGUAAAGGAAGCCAUUGAUGCCAUACUUUCAUCUCAGAGAGACAGCAUCUCAAGUUCAAAAUGAUCUGAUACACAUUAAGAAUAUGUAUAAUGCAAAAGCAAAAACUUUGUUUUGGAAAUUAGGGAUGCUGAAUGAAAUCAAAAUACAGAAGGGGAAAAGAGAAGGUUGAGUAGAUAACAAUUUUUUUUUCCCUGCUGUUUAUCUUGUAAUCAAAUUUCUGAUCUAAU